UGAUGACAUCUCCGAAAACUACUUUGGUCAGCUACAUGCUAGUGUUGGAAGCAGAAUAUGGUCUCCCUGGAGCAUUUUAUUCUCCUUAGCUCUGCUAUUAUAGCAUGCCAAGGAACAUCGUCUACACAUGAAAAUAAGAAAGGCACUUGUAAAGCACCAGGUCUGGAGAAUGGGCGUCAUGUGUUGAAUAAAGUUCUCUUUGAAGUUGGCGAAUGGCUGCAAUAUCAUUGUGAUGAAGGCUACAUGACUGCAGAGAGGAAUAUUGUGGAAAACGUACAAUGCCUUUCAUCUGGAUGGUCAGCAGUACCUCAGUGUUCUGGCAUCGUCUGUUCUUUUCAACCAAAGAGAGGUUUAGAUAAAUUACAUUUGGUUUACUCCAGUGGGCCGGUAGCAAAGUUUUCAUGUAAUGAUGGGUUUAUAUUGAAAGGAUCUGAAAUCAGCCAGUGUUACUACUAUGGGUGGGAUCCACCAUUACCAACAUGUCAAGAUUCCGGUGAAAGGGUUAAGUGCCCGCCACCACCACAACCGAUGAAUACGCAUGACAUUACGCUCAAGAGUGUCUACUUCAGUGGAGACAAAGAAAUUAUCAAAUGCAAACCUGGGUUCCAGCUUUAUGGUGCCCAAUUGGUAAUUUGUAAAAAUGGACGUUGGACAUCGCCACCUCAAUGUGUUUUUUCACAAGAAUGUGAUGAUCCUCCAUCUAUAUUGUUUGGAGCACUGGAUUCAGCGUCCAUAAAGCCAGCAUAUCACAGUGGAAAUGUUGUAAUGUAUAAGUGUAAUGAUGGUUUUGAAAUAACUGGGCUAAAUGAAAUCAUCUGCAUCAAUGGAAAGUGGUCUUCGCCUCCUACUUGUAUUAGUGAUGGCUGCCCGUUAUCAAAAGAGACAAUGAUAACAAGAGGCAUUGCUUUGGAAAAUGCCCCUGCUCAAAUCUCUGAAGGAGAAAGUGUGGAAUUUCAUUGCAUUGGAAAUAUGGUUCCAAGUCAGUCACUUCUGGUUACAUGUAAAGAUGGUAAAAUACAUUAUCCCCAAUGCAUCAACCCAGAUUCGGACUCCUGCCAACUGUCAAUAGAUAAAAUUGCACAGAAUAAUUUAGUGUUGCCAAAGAGUGCAUCCAUGGGCAAAGCGUAUAGCAAUGGUGAUAGAAUUCUUACUCGAUGUAAAUCCAAUUAUUUUCGUGCAUCUCCAAGUUUACUAGUGGAAUGUUCAAAUGGAAAGAUGAUCUAUCCAAAAUGUGCUCAGGAAAAUGGCUGCCCGUUAUCAAAAGAGACAAUGAUAACAAGAGGCAUUGCUUUGGAAAAUGCCCCUGCUCAAAUCUCUGAAGGAGAAAGUGUGGAAUUUCAUUGCAUUGGAAAUAUGGUUCCAAGUCAGUCACUUCUGGUUACAUGUAAAGAUGGUAAAAUACAUUAUCCCCAAUGCAUCAACCCAGAUUCGGACUCCUGCCAACUGUCAAUAGAUAAAAUUGCACAGAAUAAUUUAGUGUUGCCAAAGAGUGCAUCCAUGGGCAAAGCGUAUAGCAAUGGUGAUCGAAUUCUUACUCGAUGUAAAUCCAAUUAUUUUCGUGCAUCUCAAGUUUACUAGUGGAAUGUUCAAAUGGAAAGAUGAUCUAUCCAAAAUGUGCUCAGGAAAAACCUUGCCGGAUAAACCAAGAUAUAUUAGAUGAAAACUUUUUGGAAUUUGAUCCAAACUAUGAUUAUAAAGUGUACUUUGAGGAUGGAGAGAUCAUUCAUUUUAUGUGCAAAGCAGGAUACACUACUAUAACUGAAAC